AUGAUCCACACUGGGGAAUGGGCCUACGAGUGUGGGGAAUGUGGGAAGGGCUUCAGCUGCAACUCCCACCUCAUCAUCCACCAACGCAUCCACACUGGGGAGAGGCCCUAUGAGUGUUCUGAGUGUGGGAAGAGGUUUCACAGCAGCUCCAAUCUCCUCCUGCACCAGCGAAUUCACACGGAUGAGAGGCCCUUCUGCUGCCCUGACUGUGGGGAGGGCUUCAAGCAAAACUCCCACCUCAUCAACCACCGGCGCAUCCACACUGGGGAGAGACCCUACAAGUGUGGGGAAUGUGGGAAGAGCUUCAGCCACAGAUCCAACCUCAAUACCAACAAACACAUCCACAAUGGGGAGAGGCCUUACAAGUGUCCCCAGUGUGGGAAGAGCUUCUCAGACGGGUCUAACUUUGGCAGACACCAGAAGAGGCACCGGUAAGGGAAGCUCUGCAAGUGCCUCAAAAUACAGGAAGAGCUUUGUUCACUGCUCCAGCUUCAUCCGCCCAUGGAGAAUCCACACUGGGAAGUGACCUGGUGAUCCAUGUUCCCUGGGAUCCAUGCUGGGAAGACACCUGUACCUUUUCCUGCUCAUGGCAAUGUCAUGAUGUGGAAUCAAAGACUGUGAGACUGUGAUCAUGGUCCAUUAUAUUCAAUCCCAUCUCAGGUCAUUGCCAGGGGCAGGAAAAGGACUCCCCCUCUCUCACCAGAGAAGGGUGUCCUUUCUUGGCAGGAGGAAAUACGUGGCCAGGAAGAGUCAGUUGGUGGUAUUUUAGUUUUCCCUGUGAAUGGUUUGUCUUAUCCUUUCUGUUACCAAAAUUGUUUCUGUGUCUGUUUGUUCCUUAUCUUGUUGCUGUUCUCAAUAAAUUGUUCUUAUCCCA